AUGAAAGAGAUGACUGAGGCGGAAGCCGAGGAGGCUCGCAAGGAACGCGAAUCUCGUGAAAUGCAAGACUUGGUGGAAGGCUUGAUGCGGCCUUCGCAGCCGUCGCACAGACGCUCCAGUGCUGGGGAGAACAUUUUAUCAACCUCCAGGCCUCCAGUGCUGAACGACAGAUAUAACAUCAACACGGCGGUGCCGCAGAUCGUGAGCAGAUGUCUCGAAGGCUACAAAGCGUGGGAUUGGAACAUCCUCGAACUCGAGAAAGUGUCCGAGUUCACGCCGCUGCGCUUCCUUGGCAUGAAAGUCUUUCGCGAAUUCGAUGUUCCGCGUCAGCUACAGAUUGACGAAAUCACGCUAGAACGAUGGCUCGUGUUGAUAGAGCAAAACUACCUCGCUACAAACCCGUACCACAAUUCAACUCACGCUGCUGAUGUUUUAUCCGCUACUGCAUAUUUCUUACGAACUGAACGUUGCAAAAACCUCUUGUCAGAAUUUGACAUGGUCGCCUCGCUAAUUGCAGCCACUAUUCACGACGUGGAUCAUCCGGGCAGGACGAACGCGUUCCUCUGCAACAGCCGCCACGAGCUCGCCCUGCUCUACAACGACACGGCGGUGCUCGAGAACCACCACGUCGCUAAGACCUUCAAACUCACCCUAGACCCGCACAACGAUGCGAACAUUUUUAGCCGUCUCAAUCACGAAGACUACCAGACGAUACGAUCGAACAUCAUCGACAUGGUCCUCGCGACAGAACUCGGCAAGCACUUUGAACACGUGAACAAAUUCAUUUCCUCCACGAGGCCGAAUGUCGACGAGGCUGAUCGCAGUCCGCGCACCUCGCAAAUCAGUGUAAAUGCCUCAGAAAACGACGAUCAAGAGCUACGCACGCUUGCUAAACGAGUGCUUAUUAAAGUUUCUGACGUUUCAAACCCGGCGCGACCUCGAAAACAGUGUAUCGAAUGGACAAGAAGAGUGUGCGAAGAGUAUUUCACGCAGACUCAAGAAGAAACCGAACGCAAUUUGCCUAUCGUAAUGCCUACUUUCAAAAGAGAAGUGUGUUCAAUUCCGAAGACGCAAACUGCUUUUAUAAAUUAUUUCCUUUUGGACAUGUUUGACGCUUGGCACGAGUUCUGUGAUGUUCCAACAGUACUCAAUCACCUUAAAAACAACCUACAAUUUUGGGACGAAAUGGAUCGAUUGGAGCUAACGACAAUUGAGCAAAUUCAUGAACAUGCACAUUUGGACACGACGGAAGAAGGAGGCACAAUUGACGAGUGA